CUGUAAAAGUGAUCACUAGCUACAAAGUCCGUAGCACUGGAUUAUGCCUCAGCCUUUAUACUACAUGUGAGAUCUUUCUAGGCUCAUGAGAGUCUUGAAGCUUCUCUGUAACUUCGAUCACUGAUUUUAAUCUACAGUAGGCGACCUAAAUGGCAAAUGUUCCGAAGAUCGGGAAGGCUAUCUAUAAAGGACCAAGCAUAGUCAAAGAGAUAGUAUAUGGAAUAGCACUAGGCAUUGCAGUUGGAGGGCUGUGGAAAAUGCAUCAUUGGAACAACCAACGACAAACGAAGGAGUUCUAUGAUUUGCUCGAGAAGGGAGAGAUCAGUGUUGUCGCGGAAGAUGAGUAGUAUUCGU